CAUCGAGAUAUAAUAAAAGAGGAGACGAAAUCACGUGACUUUGAGCGACACCGGGUACGCCAUAUUGAUGACUGACUUCUGUCAAAGUUAUGUCAAAGUGCGUUAUGCGAGCUUUUGUGAUACUGUUUGCACAAAUUGAAAAAUAUUAUUAUGGUGUCUUGUGCCAUACGGAGUUGUGCACGUCGGACUGAAGUGGAUAGAAAGAAUACAACAGGAAUAACUUUCCAUAGAUUCCCUAAAAACACUGACCGUUGCCAACUUUGGGUGAAAUUUGUUAAUAGGGAUGGAUGGACACCUCUACAAGAUCUAGUGCGAUUUGCUCGAAACAUUUUUCUGAGGAGUCAUUCGAUAGAGCAUCAAAAUGUUAUGUUAAUCUCAAACCAAAUGCUGUUCCGACAAUACAUCCAAACCAGGUAGGUAUGUUAAUAAAAUGAUGUUUAGUACCACUUAAAACAUAUGUUUACCAAGUUUGGUUUUCAAAAGAUGCGAUGUAUGUAUCUUGAAAAAGAAAUGCCAUAAGAAAAAGUAUUUAAAAAAAACUCGUAUUUAAUCAGGAAAUUAAUUGCACAUCUAAAAAUUUGACUCCAA